AUGAAGGAGCUACACAAGAUGGGCCUGCAUAACGUCGAAAAGACGGCUUAUCCCCGAGAUGCAAGCCUGGUGGAUCUCUUCCGCGAGCAGGUGGCUGCUCAUCCUGAGGCGAUAGCCGUUACGGAUACGUCCUCGACGAAGCUGACAUACGCCGAGUUGGACCAGGAAUCCGAUAAGAUUGCUAGCUGGCUGCGUCAGUGCCAGCUGGCGCCCGAGACACUGGUCACCGUGCUCGCGCCUCGAUGCUGCCAGACCAUCUUGACCUUUCUGGCCAUUCUCAAGGCGAACCUGGCAUAUCUCCCGCUCGAUGUGAACAUGCCCGCGGGCCGCAUCGAGGCGAUCCUGUCGGCGGUGCAGGGUCAUAAGCUGGUUUUGCUCGGUGCAGGUACGCCAACUCCAGAGAUCCGGGUGUCCGACGUUAAAUUCGUCUCCAUCACGGAUGCCCUGAGCGAGGCCGUGGCCACCCGUCACUCAGACGUUGCUACUGUAAGACCCCAGGCGACGAGCCUGGCCUAUGUGAUGUUUACCUCCGGCUCGACCGGUCAGCCAAAGGGCGUUAUGGUAGAGCACCGCGGUAUCAUCAGGCUGGUGAGGCAGAGCAACGUCAACUCCAAGCUCCCACCGGCCGCCCGCGUGGCACACUUGUCCAAUAUUGCUUUCGACGCCUCGACGUGGGAGGUUUGGUCGGCGCUUCUGAAUGGUGGAACUCUCGUGUGUAUAGACUAUUUUACCACGCUGGACAGCAAAGCCCUGGAGACCACGUUUGCCCAGGAACAGGUCCAGGCCGCGAUGCUCCCGCCCGCCCUCCUCAAGCAGUGCAUCACCAACACGCCUGCCAUGCUGCGUGGCCUGGAUCUCCUUUUUGCCGCCGGCGACCGAUUCGAUAGCCGUGAUGCGAUCGAGACCAAGGCGCUUGUUCGUGGCAGUGUCUACAACGCGUACGGCCCAACUGAGAACACGAUCCUUAGUACCGUCUACGAAGUGUCUGAGCACGACUCCUCGUUCGCCAACGGUGUGCCUGUGGGCCGCGCUGUAAGCAACUCAGGCGCGUACAUUAUGGACCCAGAGCAGAAAAUCGUUCCCGUCGGCGUUAUGGGAGAGCUUGUCGUCACUGGUGAUGGCCUUGCAAGGGGCUAUACAGACCAGUCGCUUGAUCAAGAUCGAUUUGUGAAGAUCAUUAUUGCUGGUCAGCUCGUGCGCGCCUAUCGGACUGGCGACCGCGUGCGUUACCGGCCAACCGAUGGUCAAAUCGAGUUUUCUGGUCGUAUGGACCAGCAGGUCAAGGUUCGCGGCCACCGAAUUGAGCCAGCCGAGAUCGAGCAAGCAAUCCUCAACCACGGCGCCGUUCUCGACGCUGCCGCCGUCGUCCGCAAGUUUGAGGGCGAAGAACCGGAUAUCAUCUGUUUCGUGGUUGCCCGAGACGACAACACAGCCGUCAACCAUACCCCCGUCCGUGAUGACGAGACCCCGGGGAAGGUAGGUAGCAGGGAUGAAGAGUUUGCGACACUGAUGGAGCAGCAGAUCUGGCAACGGCUUAAGGCUGUGCUGCCGCCCUACAUGGUCCCAACGCGGAUCAUCGUGGUGGACCAGAUGCCUCUGAAUGCCAACGGUAAGGUUGAUCGCCGUGAACUAACACGCAGGGCCCAGACAACGCCUAGAACCAGCAAGGCAUCGGGCCAAAAGUCCGCGCCGGUGUCGCCGCGCAACGAGGUCGAGGCCGCGCUGUGCGAGGAGUUUGCCGAUGUACUCGAUAUCGAGGUCGGCAUCACUGACAACUUCUUUGACCUCGGCGGACACUCACUCAUGGCUACGAAGCUGGCUGCACGCAUUAGCCGACGGCUCGAGGUCCGCGUGACUGUGAAGGAUAUCUUUGACCAGCCCAUCCUUCUCGACCUCGCGGCAACCCUUCGACGUGGCUCGACUCAGCACAGCCCCAUCGUCUCCCAACCAUACAAUGGGCCCGUUGAGCAGUCAUUUGCCCAGGGACGCCUUUGGUUCCUCGAACGUCUGUAUCCGGGCCUCACAUGGUAUCUCUCGUCGUUUGCUUCCCGACUCCGAGGACCCCUGAAUCUCGAGGCCCUGAGCGUGACGCUUCUGGCGCUGGAGGAACGCCACGAGGGUCUACGCACCACUUUCCAGCAGCACGAUGGUGUGAACAUGCAAGUCGUACAGCCAUUUGUGCCGAAGCAACUACGAGUUAUCGAUAUCCCUGGAGGCUCUGAGGAGGAGCUUAUGCUGGCGCUGCAGAAGGAAAACUCCACCCCUUUCGACUUGGAGACCGAGCCUGGCUGGCGUCCGGCUCUCCUCCGCUUGAACGACGAAUAUCAUGUGCUAUCUAUCGUGAUGCACCACAUCGUCUCUGAUGGCUGGUCUCUCGAUAUCCUCCAGCGCGAGCUGGUCAUCUUUUACACCGCGGCGCUUCGCGGCAAAAACCCGCUGUCAAAGGUGAACCCCCUGCCCAUUCACUACCGUGACUUUGCGCUUUGGCAAAAGGAAGAGGCACAAGUUGCCGAGCACGAGCGUCAGCUUGCAUACUGGAAGGGACAGCUCGAUGGCAGUCAACCUGCUACUCUGCUCUGUGAUAAACCUCGACCCUCAGUUCCUUCAGGCACGGCGGAUGUGCACGAGUUUAUCGUCGAGGGCACGAUAUACCAGGAUUUACAGAAGUUCUGCCGCAAGCACCAGACUACGCCAUUCUCUGUGCUUUUCGCCGCGUUCCGUGCAACUCACUACCGCCUCACUGGCGUAGAGGACGCGACCAUCGGCACGCCAAUCGCCAACAGGAACCGGCAGGAGUUGGAAGAUCUCAUCGGGUUCUUCGUCAAUUUGCAGUGCAUCCGCACUGCGCUGGCAGAGGACGAAACGUUCGAGUCGUUGGUCAAGCAGGUUGUUACUGCAACGGCUGCGGCGUCUGCCAACCAGGACGUCCCGUUUGACCGGUUGGUCGCCGAGCUACGACCCGGGACGCGAGAUGUCGCGCGCCAUCCACUCGUCCAGAUGACGCUGGCUGUCCAUUACCAGCAGAACCUGGGUCAUUUGCAGCUGGGGGGCCUGAGUUCAGAGCCCCUGAAUGCAGCAAAAACCUCGCGAUUCGACCUCGAGUUCCAUUUCUUCCAGCAAAGGAACAGCCUUCGCGGUGUCGUCAUGUUCUCAAACGAGCUCUUUGACCCUGUGUCUAUCGCUUCCAUGGAGACAGUCUUCCAAGAGGUGCUUCGUCGCGGCCUCGAGGAACCCUCUAUCUCGAUUGCCUCCAUGCCGUUGACCGAUGGCCUCUCUUCAGUCAUCAACAAGGGACUCGCUCAGGUUGCGCGAACUGACUAUCCUCGCGACGCAAGUGUGCCAGCUCUGUUCAGGGAGCAGGUUGCUCUCUGCGGCGGCGCUAUCGCUGUCAAGGACAGCACAUCCGAGCUGACGUACGCCGAGCUCGACCGACAGUCGGACAAGCUGGCGUAUUGGCUUGUUCAGCGAGGAUUCGCUGCUGAGACCAUGAUCGGCGUGCUAGCCCCGAGAUCGUGCGAAGCCAUUGUGGCCUUGCUCGGAAUCCUCAAAGCCAAUCUGGCCUACCUGCCACUUGAUGUGAAUGUUCCUCUGGGUCGUUUGGAGAGUAUUUUGACCUCUAUCGAGGGCAAGAAGCUUCUCUUGCUUGGCGCGGGUGUACCAGUACCAGCCACCCAUCUGGAUGACAUUGAGUUCUUGACCAUCGCGGAGGCACGAGACAGUCAACUUGCGACGCAGAGAGACGCAGGCAAACGACUUCCAACACCCACUGCCACGAGCCUCGCCUAUGUCAUGUUCACUUCCGGUUCCACUGGUCGUCCUAAGGGCGUCAUGGUCGAGCAUCGAGGUAUUGUGCGUCUAGUGAAGAAUACCAACAUCCAAACACAGGCGCAAUCGGCAGUCCCCGUGGGUCACAUUGCGAACCUCGCCUUUGACGCAGCCACCUGGGAGAUUUAUACCGCGCUUCUCAACGGCGGAUCUCUCAUUUGCAUUGAUCACACGACUGUGUUGGAUGUGGCCAUGCUGGGACGAAUAUUCGAGCAAGAGAAGGUCCGGGCUGUCAUGUUUACGCCUGCCCUGCUAAAACAAUGCCUGGCCGAGUCCCCUUCAACUGUCAAAGGACUCGAGCUUCUCUUCGCCUCGGGUGAUCGCCUGGACGUUCAAGAUGCCCUCACCGCCCAAGCUUUGGCCAAAGGCGGGAUCAUCAACGCGCUCGGCCACACAGAGAACACCGUAUACAGCACCGCGUUCCACAUGCAGCCUGGCGAGCUCUGCAUCAACGGCGUCCCUGUUGGACGCGCGAUUAGCAACUCAGGUGCCCUGGUGUUGGAUCCUCAACAGCGUCUUGUGCCACUCGGUGUUAUGGGCGAGCUGGUCCUGACGGGCGAUGGAGUGGCUCGCGGGUACACCGACGCAUCGCUGAACAAGGGUCGAUUCGUUGAUGUCACUGUAGACGGCAUGACCAUGCGGGCCUAUCGCACUGGUGACCGAGCAAGAUACCGACCUAGCGACGCCCAGAUGGAGUUCUUCGGCCGCAUGGAUCAGCAAGUCAAAAUUCGAGGUUUCCGCGUCGAGCCGGCCGAGGUCGAGCAGGUCCUGCUCAGACAUCCCGCUGUUCGUGACGCAGCCAUCGUCAUCCGGAAGCAAGAAGACCACGGUGUCGAGAUGGUCGGCUUCAUUGCAGCACGGGACGAGCAGUUCAUUCAAGAUGCUCAGAACGAGAUCAGCAACCGGGUCGAAGGCUGGGGUAACCACUUUGAGACGAGUACAUACGUGGAUAUCGAGAAGAUCGACCAGUCUGUUGUCGGCAACGAUUUCAUGGGCUGGACGUCCAUGUACGAUGGCACCGAGAUCGAUAAGGGGGAGAUGCAGGAAUGGCUAGACGACACCAUGGCCACCAUUCUCGAUAGCCAGCCGGCCGGUCGUGUACUUGAAAUCGGCACUGGCAGUGGAAUGAUCUUGUUCAACCUGGGCGAGGGUCUAGAAAGCUACGUUGGCCUCGACCCGUCCGCUUCCGCAGUCUCCUUUGUUCGCAAAAAGAUCCAGUCUGUUGGUUCUGUGGCUGGAAAAGCGCAGGUCUACGUUGCUACUGCAACCGACGUGGCCGGGCUUGAUGGGCUCCAGGCGGAUCUCGUUGUGACAAACUCCGUCGCUCAAUACUUCCCCAACGCAGAGUACCUCUUGCAGGUCAUUCAGGAUCUCAUCAAAAUCCCUGGGGUCAAGCGUCUAGUCUUUGGCGACAUGCGAUCCUGGGCAAUCAACAACGACUUCCUGGCGGCCAGAGCACUGCGUGCACUUGGACCGGUAGCCACCAAAGCAGAGAUCCGGCGCAAGAUCCGGGAGCUCGAAGAUCGCGAGGAAGAGUUCCUUGUCGACCCGGCAUUCUUUACGGCCCUCACAAGCCGAUUCCCGGAUCGUAUCUGGCACGUUGAGGUCCUACCCAAGCGCAUGAAGGCCACCAACGAGCUCAGCGCGUACCGGUACCAGGCUAUCGUCCACGUGCGAGGACUAGACGAGCAGAUACAACAACAUGCACACGUGAUUGAGCCUGAGGCAUGGAUCGACUUCAAGGUAUCUCAUCUUGACCGCAGUGGACUUCUCAGCUUGCUUCAAGGUUCGCCUGAUGCGCAAACUGUCGCCAUAGGCAAUGUCCCUUACAGCAGGACCAUUGUCGAACGGCUGCUCGUCGAGUCGCUCACCAACCUUGACGAACCGGGCUCAACGGACGGCGCAGAUUGGAUCUCGAGUAUCCACGAGGUGGCUGAGCAGUGCGUGUCUCUGUCUCCGUUUGACCUUGUUCAACUGGGCAAGGAGGCAGGCUUCCGCGUGGAGUUUAGCUGCGCGCGGCAACGGUCACAAAACGGGGCGUUCGAUGCCGUCUUCCAUCGCCUCCAGCCUGCCCACGAAAACAGCCGCAUGCUGAUCCAGUUCCCGACAGAAGAUCAAGGUCGUUCAAACAGUCAACUGACCAGCCGCCCGCUGCAACGACAACAGAGCCGCAAGGUGGAGGCGAAGAUCCGCGAGUACCUCCAGGCCUUGCUCCCACCGUAUAUGAUCCCUACCCAGAUCACGGCACUCGAUUCACUGCCGGUCAAUGCAAACGGUAAGGUUGAUCGUCGCGAACUUACUCUGAGGGCACAAACCGCGCCUAGGAGCAGGAUUGUGACUGCUCGUGUUGCACCCCGUAACGAAGUGGAAGCUAUCCUCUGUGAGGAAUUUACAGACGUACUUGGCGUCCAGGUCGGCAUCACCGACAACUUCUUCGACCUUGGCGGCCACUCGCUCAUGGCCACGAAGCUGGCUGCGCGUCUUACCCGUCGUCUAGAGGCCCGCGUAUCUGUCAAGAACAUCUUUGACCAGCCAGUCCUAGGAGACCUCGCCGCUACUGUCCAGCAAGGCUCCACAAAGCACAACAUCAUCCCAUCCCAAUCCUACAACGGCCCGAUUGAGCAGUCUUUCGGCCAAGGUCGCAUUUGGUUCCUCCAUCAGCUUGAGCUAGGCGACUCUUCUGGAUAUCACAUGCCGAUUGCGGUUCGCACGAGCGGUCCUCUUCAAAUCGACGCGCUCCGCACUGCUCUUAACGCCCUUGUGCAGCGCCAUGAGACAUUACGCACGACUUUCGAGGAGCAUGACGGCGUAGGAGUCCAGGUUGUACAUCCCACGACCUACAACAAGGAGUUCCGCGUCAUUGAAGUCUCUGACGGGCGGUACGAUGAGAUUCUGCGACAGGAGCAGGCGAGACCCUUUGACCUCACCUCGGAACCAGGCUGGCGCGUCGCGCUGCUCCGUCUUGGAACAGAUGAUCAUGUGAUUUCGAUUAUUAUGCAUCACAUCAUAUCUGAUGGGUGGUCCUUUGAGGUCCUUCAACGCGAGCUGACGGCUUUCUAUGCUGCGGCUCUUCGCGGCCAGGACCCCUUAUCGCAGGUUUCGCCUCUUCCCAUCCAAUAUCGAGACUUUGCUACAUGGGAGAAGGAGGAUGCGCAAGUGGUUGAGCAUGAACGUCAACUCGCAUACUGGAAGCAGGAGUUGGCUGGCAGUCAACCAGCCACCCUCUUGUGCGAUAAGCCACGUCCUGCCACGAUUUCUGGCAACGGUGGCCUUGUUGAACUUUCUAUCGAAGGGCCUCUCUAUGAGAAGCUUGAGAAAUUCUGCCGUACCUACCAGGCCACCUCGUUUGCUGUGCUACUCGCUGCGUUCCGUGCAGCCCACUAUCGUUUAACUGGCGAUGACGACGUAACGAUCGGCACGCCAAUUGCCAACCGCAACCGGUCAGAGCUGGAAGACCUUAUCGGCUUUUUCGUUAAUACCCAGUGCAUGAGGAUUGCAAUUGAUGACAACCAAACAUUUGACGGACUGGUUCGACAGGUGCGGUCAACGGCGACGUCUGCGUUUGAAAACCAAGAUGUUCCUUUUGAGCGCAUCGUGUCAGCUCUUCUACCUGGGUCGAGAGACACGUCCCGCAACCCGCUGGUUCAGCUUAUAUUCGCAGUCCACUCACAGCAGGACAUUGGCAAGAUCCAGCUUGAAGGUCUUACUGGAACCACUUUGCCAUUUACGCCUACCACGCGAUUCGAUCUUGAGUUUCACCUGUUCCAAGAAGAAGGAAGACUCAGAGGUACUGUCUUUUACUCCACGGACCUCUUUGAAGCAAAGACGGUGCAGACUGUGGUCGAAGUGUUCCAAGAGGUGUUGCGCCGAAGCCUCGACCAACCGCAGGCGCCCAUUGCAGGCCUGCCUCUCACCGAUGGAUUGCCAGCCCUACGUAACUUGGGACUGCUUCAGGUCGACAAGUCAGACUAUCCUCGGGAGUCCAGCGUGGUGGACAUCUUCCGUCAGCAGGUGUCUGCCUACCCUCAGUCAAUUGCUGUCAAGGAUGCCUCUUCUCAGUUGACCUACACCCAACUGAACGAGAAGUCAGACAGACUCGCUGCCUGGCUGCGCCAGCGCAAGCUUGCUACUGGAUCAUUAGUUGGGGUUCUAGCUCCACGAUCAUGCGAGACCAUUGUUGCCUUCCUGGCAAUCCUUAAGGCGAACCUGGCCUAUCUGCCGUUUGACAACAAUUUGCCUGCUGCUCGCCUCGAGGACAUCUUAUCUGAGGUUUCUGGCGAUAAGCUGGUGCUGGUUGGCGCCACGGUACCUAUGCCGGAUAUAAAGGUGCCUGGUGUGCAGCUAGUACAAAUUGUCGAGGCCUUGAGCCAUCCUCUUCAGGCGGAGGAUGGUGUAGACUCAGUCGCAGGCCCGCACGCAACCAGCCUCGCAUAUGUCAUGUUCACUUCUGGCUCGACCGGCCGUCCGAAGGGUGUUAUGGUUGAGCACCGCGGAAUCGUGCGACUCGUGAAGCAUACACACCAGCAUCUGCAAGUCGAGGCUGGAGUCAGCAUUGCCCAUGUGUCCAACCUGGCCUUUGACGCCACGACAUGGGAGAUUUAUUCGCCGCUUCUCAAUGGCGGCACACUCGUCUGUCUCGACCAAAUGACGGUCCUUAGCCCCCCUCUCUUGCUCGACGCAUUCAGCACCAAUAACAUUACCGUGGCGUUCUUCACCACCGCUUUGCUGCGCCAAGUCCUUGAAGUUAUGCCUUCCAUCGUUAGCAAGCUGGACGUCUUGUUCACUGGAGGCGAGACAAUGCGAUCUCAAGACGCGUUCAAGGCUCGUGAGCUCGUCCGGAAAGCGCUCUGCCACGUCUACGGACCGACAGAAAACACGACCUACAGCACCAUGUACACAAUGGGCCCUGAUGAGCGUUGCGUGAACGGACUUCCUAUCGGACGGGCCAUCAAGAACUCUGGAGCCUACAUUAUGGACUCUCACCAGCAACUUGUGCCUCUGGGUGUGAUCGGCGAGCUUGUCGUGACAGGCGACGGUCUGGCCCGCGGAUAUACGAAUGCGACGCUAGAUCUGAACCGCUUCCUGAAAGUCACCAUCGAUGGUCAGUCUGUGCGGGCAUAUCGGACCGGUGACCGCGCGCGAUACCGGCCAGCAGAUGGUGAAAUCGAAUUCAUUGGCCGUACGGAUAAUCAGGUCAAGAUUCGUGGGUACCGUAUCGAGACGGCCGAGGUCGAACAAGCUUUGGCCGGCCUCACAGGAGUUCGCGAUUCAGCUAUCGUGAUCCGGAAGUUCGAAGACCAGCAGCCGGAGAUGGUUGGUUUCGUCACGGUCAACACGGAUGUGCAGCAGGAGCAGGCGGAGGAUGAGGACGAAGAGUCAGCUGCCGCCGCCGCCGCCGCCGCCGCCAACGUGACGGAGAGGAACAUUCGACAGCGGCUCCAGGCCGUCCUGCCCUCCUACAUGGUGCCGUCGCAGAUCAUCGUGGUGGAUCACCUGCCUCUCACAGCCAACGGAAAGGUUGAUCGUCGCGAGCUUGUGAGGAGGGCCCUGACGACUCUGAGAACCAGCACUGUUUCACUGCGCGUAGCACCGCGUAACGAAGUCGAAGCAGCCCUUUGUGAAGAGUAUGCAAAGGUGCUCGGCAUCGAAGUCGGCAUUACUGACAAUUUCUUUGACCUUGGUGGCCACUCGCUGAUGGCGACAAAGCUGGCAGCACGUAUUAGUCGUAGGUUGGACGCCCGCGUGUCGGUCAAGGAUAUCUUUGACCAGCCGGUCCUUGUCGACCUUGCCGCCAUCAUCCGACCAGGCUCCGCCCAACAUAGCCCCAUCACCCCAAUGCCGUACUAUGGACCAGUCGAGCAAUCGUUUGCCCAGGGACGACUCUGGUUUUUGGACAAGCUUAAUACGGGUGCGCUAUGGUACCUGAUGCCCCUUGCGGCGCGUCUGCGAGGACCCCUGCGUGUGGAUGCGCUUGCUGCUGCGAUAAACGCUCUACAAGAGCGCCACGAGACGUUGCGGACGACCUUCGCGGAACAAGACGGCGUUGGUGUGCAAGUCGUUCACCCACCCUGCAAGAAGGAGCUGAAAGUCAUCGACCUCUCUACCGCCCGUGAUAGCGGUAGCUACAUCGAGCCGCUCCAGAAGGAGCAGACAACCUCUUUUGACCUUGCAUCUGACCUGGGCUGGAGGGUGACCUUGUACAAGCUCGGAGAAGACGAUCACGUUUUGUCCAUCGUCAUGCACCACAUUAUUUCCGAUGGUUGGUCUGUCGACAUUUUACGCAAAGAACUCGGUGCUUUCUAUGCUGCAGCACUUCGUGGAGAAGACCCCUUGGCGCGGGUGCGCCCUCUCCCCAUCCAGUAUCGCGAUUUCGCCGUGUGGCAGAAGAGCGAUGCCCAAGUCAUUGACCAGCAGCGGCAGCUUGAGUACUGGACCGAACAACUGGCAGACAGCACGCCUGCCGAGUUCUUGAGCGAUAAGCCGCGGCCGGCCACACUUUCAGGCGACGCCGGCGUAGUCCAGCUCACCAUCAAGGGCUCUGUGUAUGAGAGUCUGCAAGCCUACUGCAGAGCCAACCACUUCACUUCCUUUGCCGUACUGCUUGCAGCUUUCCGUGCUACACAUUACAGGCUCACAGGUGUGGAAGACGCAACCAUCGGAACCCCGAUCGCCAACCGCAACAGGCCUGAACUUGAGGACCUAAUCGGCUUCUUUGUGAACGCCCAGUGUAUGCGGACGGUUAUUCACGAUAACGAGACAUUCGACAGCCUCGUCCAGCAGGUCCGUACCACCACAGCUGCAGCCUUCGAGAACCAGGACGUCCCGUUCGAGAGCGUUGUGACGGCCCUCCAGCCUAGCACUCGUGAUGCGUCCCGUAACCCGUUGGUACAGCUCAUGUUCGCCUUGCACUCGCAGCACGACCUCGGUAGGAUACCUCUUGAGGGCCUGGCUAGUGAGCGUGUCCAGACGCCCGCGACGACCCGGUUUGACCUGGAAUUCCACUUGUUCCAGGAAGAAGGCCAGCUGGGCGGCAACAUCCUUUACGCCUCUGACUUGUUCGAGGCUGCUACUAUUCAAGGUGUCGUCGACAUCUUCCAGGAGGUACUGCGUCGCGGCCUUGCACAGCCAGAUACGUCCAUCGCAUCCCUGCCACUUACAGAUGGGCUAUCUGGGCUGCACACUACUGGUCUAGUGGAUGUAGAGAAGACUGAGUACCCGCGAGAGUCAAGUGUGGUGGAUGUCUUUGCCGAGCAGGUCGCUGCUGUCCCGGAUGCGAUCGCUGUCAAAGACCUAACCUUACAGUUGACCUACUCGCAGCUGGACCAUGAAUCCGGCGUUCUCGCGGCUUGGCUCCGGCAACAAAACAUCGCACCCGAAACGCCCAUCGCCGUCUUCGCUCCCCGGUCGUGCGAGACUAUCGUCGCCUUCCUCGGUAUCCUCAAGGCAAACCUGGCAUACCUGCCUCUUGACGUCAACGUACCAGCGGCACGACUUACGUCUAUCCUUUCGGCUGUGGAGGGCAAGGUACUUCUCCUGCUCGGCUCCACGGUCGCCAGGCCCAACCUGGAGCUACCAAACGUAUCCAUGGUUCCCAUUAGCGAUGCCCUUCGUGACGCCCCCUACGAUAACCGUUUCUGGAACCUCCCAGGACCGAGUGCCACGAGCCUUGCCUACAUCAUCUUCACAUCUGGCUCAACCGGCAAGCCAAAGGGCGUCAUGAUUGAGCACCGCGGUAUCGUAAGGUUGGUGAAGCAGAGCAACGUUGUCGCAAAGCUCCCACCAUCAGCGCGCGUUGCGCACCUAUCGAAUGUUGCAUUUGACGCGUCCACCUGGGAAAUCUACUCGGCGCUGCUGAACGGCGGCACCCUGGUUUGCAUCGACUACUUCACCACCCUGGAUCCUGCGUCCCUUAAUACGCUUUUCCUCAAGGAGCAGAUCCAGGCGGCCAUGCUGCCACCUGCGUUGCUAAAGCAGUGUCUGAAGCCCAUGGCUGCUACGCUUGGUGCGUUGGAUCAGCUGUUCGCUGCGGGCGAUCGAUUUGACGGCCACGAUGCCGCCGCAGCGCAGGCGUUGGUGCAGGGGAGUGUGUACAACGCAUACGGUCCAACCGAGAACACAAUUCUCAGCACCAUCUACGAAGCGUCUGAGAAGGACUCAUUUGUCAACGGCGUGCCUAUUGGCAAGGCCGUCAGCAAUUCCGGCGCGUAUAUCCUGGAUCCCAAGCAGCAGCUUGUGCCUGUGGGUGUGAUGGGCGAGCUUGUGGUCACGGGAGAUGGUCUCGCCCGAGGCUAUACCGAUGCGGCACUCAACAAGGAUCGGUUCUCUCAGGUGGCCAUUCAUGGGCAAGUUGUCAGGGCGUACCGGACUGGCGAUCGCGUGCGAUACCGCCCCACGGAUGGUCAGAUUGAGUUCUUCGGGCGGAUGGACCAACAGGUCAAGAUCCGUGGCCACCGUGUGGAACCGGCCGAAGUGGAGCAGGCGCUACUCAAUCACAGCGACGUGCUCGAUGCCGCUGUCGUCCUCCGCAGACAGGAGGGUGAAGAAACCGAAAUGAUUGGGUUCGUGGCGGCUCGGACCGAUCAAUCGCUGGAGAAGAACGAGGCUACCAACCAGGUGGAAGGCUGGGGCAAUCACUUCGAGACGAGCACCUACGCCGACAUUGAGACAAUCGACCAAUCGGUGGUCGGUAACGACUUCAUGGGAUGGACUUCCAUGUAUGACGGUGCUGAAAUCGACAAGACUGAGAUGCAGGAAUGGCUCGACGAUACUAUGCGUACUCUCCACGACGGACAGCCGGCCGACCGCGUGCUCGAGAUCGGAACUGGUACUGGCAUGAUCCUCUUCAACUUGGAAAACCUCAAGAGCUACGUCGGCCUUGACCCCUCCAGCUCGGCGGCCACUUUCGUCAACAGCAAGAUCCAGACCGUCCCGACACUGGCCGGCAAAGCCAAGGUACUCGUCGGUACGGCGAUGGACGUGGGUGAGCUUGACGUUCAGGCCAGCCUGGUCGUGACCAACUCUGUUGCACAGUACUUCCCGUCAGGCGAGUAUUUGUUCCAGGUGGUCGAGCAUCUCACCCGCCUCCCUGGCGUUAAGCGCUUGUUCUUUGGAGAUAUGCGAACCUACGCCAUCAACAGAGACUUCCUCGCAGCAAGGGCACUGCACGAUCUGGGCCCUGGCGCUACUAGAGAUGAAGUCCAGCGUAGGUUGGCUGAGCUGGAGGAGCGCGAAGAGGAACUGCUCGUUGACCCGGCCUUCUUCACAGGGCUUACGGACCGUCUUCCUAACAGCGUCUGGCAUGUGGAGAUUUUGCCAAAGCAGAUGAAGGCCACCAACGAACUUAGCGCGUACAGAUACGCAGCCGUCGUACAUAUACGAGGCUCAAAAGACGACCAGCCACAGCAACUUGUGCAUGCUAUCAAGAAAGACGCUUGGGUCGAUUUCAAGAAAUCAAAGCUGGACUCGACUAAGCUUCUCGGUCUCCUUAAGAACUCAGGGGAUACCCUCACCGUUCCUGUCGCCAACAUCCCCUACAGCAAAACCAUUGUGGAGCGACUCCUGGCUGAGUCGCUGGAUGAUGACGAUGAGACGCAACGCAGUGUCGACGGUGCAGCUUGGGUCUCGGCCAUCCGAAGCGCAGCAGAGCGCUGUGCUUCCCUCUCUGCGGCGGACCUUGUCCAGCUCGGUGAACAAGCCGGUUUCCGCGUGGAACUCAGUUGGGCGCGUCAGCGAUCCCAGAAUGGAGCCAUCGACGCCGUGUUCCAUCGCCAUGAACUCGGCAGCAAGCAAACCCGCGUGCUAUUCAGCUUCCCAACUGAACAUCAUGGCCGGCUGUCCAGCCUGCUUACCAACCGGCCUCUGCAGCGAGUCCAGAGCCGCCGUCUCGAGACGCAAAUCCGGGAACAGCUCCAAGCUGUACUUCCACCUUACAUGAUCCCAGUCCAGAUCGUGGUGAUGGACCAGCUACCGCUCAACGCCAACGGAAAGAUUGACCGACGUGAGUUGACGCGCAAGGCAAAGGCUGCACCCAAGACAAAGGUCUUGUCAACCGAGCGAGUAGAGCCACGAAACGAGGUUGAAGCAGUGUUGUGCGAAGAGUUCUCUGUGGUUCUGGGAGUGGAAGUGGGAAUUACAGACAACUUCUUCGACCUCGGCGGCCAUUCUCUCAUGGCCACAAGGCUCGCGGCCCGCCUCAGCCGAAGGUUAAACACCCGUAUCUCCGUCAAGGACAUCUUCGACCAGGCCCUCAUCAUUGAUUUGGCCGCCACUAUUCGGCAGGGUUCCAGCAAGCACAAUGCUAUCAAGCCUGAGCCUUAUAACGGUCCGGUUGAACAGUCAUUCGCCCAAGGUCGUUUGUGGUUCCUGGACCAACUCGACCUCGGGGCAUCAUGGUAUAUCAUGCCACUUGCGGUGCGCCUCCGCGGGCCUCUGCAGGUGCAGGCGCUCGCCGCCGCUCUCCAAGCUCUGGAGCUGCGCCACGAAACACUGCGCACAACGUUCGAAGAGCAUGACGGUGUUGGCGUACAAGUCGUUCACCCGUACGAUCCAAAGGAGCUCCGAGUGAUUGAUGUGUCGGCAGACUAUACUGAGGCACUCCAGAAGGAACAGAGCACUCCCUUCGACCUCGCUGUUGAACCCGGAUGGCGCCCAGCCCUACUUCGCCUGGGUGAACAAGAUCACAUUCUAUCCAUCGUCAUGCAUCACAUUAUCUACGAUGGAUGGUCCCUUGAAAUCCUGCAGCGUGAACUAGCCACCUUCUACGCCUCUACAGUCCAGGGCCAAGACCCCCUGGCUCAUGUACUGCCGCUGUCUAUUCAGUACAGAGAUUUCGCCGUAUGGCAGAAGCAGGAGGCGCAGGUUGCUGAGCACGAACGUCAACUAUCCUACUGGCGGCAACAGCUGGAGGGCGGUCAACCGGCCAGCCUGUUCUGCGAUAAGUCCCGACCUGCCGCCCUUUCUGGAGAUGCUGGUCUCGUCUCCGUUGCCAUUGAGGGCUCAACGUACAAGAACCUCCAUGCUUAUUGCCGGGCUCGCCAGGCCACGCCCUUCACCGUUCUCUUGGCCGCAUUCCGAGCUGCCCAUUACCGCCUGACUGGUGUUGAAGACGCAACUAUAGGUACGCCCAUCGCCAACCGUAACCGGUCAGAGCUCGAGGACUUGGUCGGCUUCUUCGUCAAUACCCAAUGCAUGCGCAUCACUAUCGAAGAAGAAGAAGAAACCUUUGAGUCACUGGUUCAGCAGGUACGAGCUACUGUCAACACUGCAUUCGAGAACCAAGAUGUGCCGUUUGAGCGUGUCGUCUCAGCAUUACAACCCGGAUCCAGGGAUACGUCGCGCAACCCGUUGGUGCAGCUUAUGUUUGCCGUUCAUUCCCAGCAGGGCCUUGGUGGCAUACAACUGGAUAAUGUGACUAGUGAACGUUUGCCAAACGCAGCAACAACACGAUUUGACAUAGAGUUCCACUUGUUCCAGGAAAGAGGGCGGCUUACGGGUAGCAUCCUGUAUGCUACUGACCUUUUUGCACCCGACACGAUCCGUGGCGUAGUCGACAUUUUCCAAGAAGUCCUGUGUCGCAGCCUUGAGCAGCCAGAAGCAGCCCUCUCGUCUCUACCGUUGACUGACGGCCUAGUUGAACUUCGUAACAUGGGUCUGCUUGCCAUUCCGAAGACGGUUUACCCCAGAUACGCCAGCGUGGUGGACCUUUUCUGCGAGCAGGCGCUCAACCAUCCCGAGUCGCCAGCUGUUGUUGAUGCUUCCUCAACUCUGACAUAUGCCCAGCUGGAUCAGCAGUCCACCAAGCUGGCAGCGUGGCUUCAACUUCAGGGUCUGGCGGAAGAGACCCUUGUCGGUGUUCUGGCGCCGCGGUCGUGCGAUACUAUUGUGGCCUUCCUUGGUAUCCUCAAAGCCAAUCUAGCAUACCUCCCGCUCGACGUCAAUGUGCCUGCUGCACGUCUUGAGGCCAUCCUUUCUUCUGUUCCGGGGCGUAAGUUGCUAUUCUUGGGCACUGAGGUUCCUGUUCCCGACUCGCCGCUCGCAGACGUCGAGCUGGUGAGGAUCGGUGAGGCGCUCAAGGGCUCGCGCAACACUCAGGGCACCGCCUCGCCGCCGUCUGCAACAAGCCUCGCAUACGUCAUGUUCACCUCCGGCUCGACUGGAAAACCAAAGGGAGUCAUGGUCGAACACCGCGGCAUCGUUCGUCUCGUCAAGAACAGUAACGUGGUGUCCAAGCUACCGAAAGCAGCUCGCGUGGCGCACUUGUCCAACGUGGCAUUUGAUGCCGCAACGUGGGAAAUCUAUUCUGCCCUGCUGAAUGGAGGCACCAUAGUCUGCGUUGACUACUUCACCACCCUCGACAGCAAGGCUUUACAGGCUUUGUUUGAGCGCGAGCAGGUUCAAGCAGCCAUGUUCCCUCCUGCACUGCUCAAGCAGUGCCUUGCCAACGCUCCCACCAUGCUUAGCUCCAUCAAGCUGCUGUUCGCUGCUGGCGAUCGCUUCGAUGCUCGCGAUGCGAUCAAAGUCAACUCCAUUGUUCCGGGAAGCGUUUUCAACGCUUACGGGCCGACUGAAAACACGAUUCUCAGCACCAUCCACGAGGUCAGCGACCAGGACUCGUACGCCAACGGCGUUCCGAUCGGCCAGGCCGUCAGCAACUCCGGGGCCUACAUCAUGGAUGUGCGCCAACGACCCGUGCCAAUUGGUGUCAUGGGAGAACUCAUCGUCUUGGGCGACGGCCUUGCGCGAGGAUAUACUGACUCAGCACUGGACAAGGAUCGCUUUGUCCAUAUCAAUAUUGAUGGCAUGCCGCCAGUGCGGGCAUACCGAACCGGUGACCGCGCGCGGUACCGGCCUGAUGGGCAAAUCGAAUUUUUGGGCCGCAUGGAUCAGCAGGUCAAGAUCCGCGGCCACCGCGUCGAGCCUGCCGAGGUGGAGCAGGCCAUCCUCCGGCAUACCGCAGCAUCUGAUGCCGUCGUCGUGCUGCGUAAGCAAGAAGGCCAGGAGCCGGAGAUUGUAAGCUUCGUCGCUGUACGAUACUCCAACGGCGUGAUCGCAGAGCAUGCGGAAGCCAGACAACAGCAGUUCGCUUCGAAGACAGAAAAGGAGAUGCACCAAAAGCUCCAGACCGUACUGCCGCCUUACAUGGUGCCGGCUCAGAUCGUUGUACUGGACCAACUACCUCUCAACGCCAACGGCAAGGUCGACCGCCGGUUGCUUGCGCACAGGGCCCAGACAACAACCAACUCGGCAUCUGCCAUCGCCCUGUCGACUCGCGUGGCACCGCGUAACGACGUUGAGGCGGUGCUUUGCGAGGAAUUCACAGACGUCCUCGGGGUCGAAGUCGGAAUCCAAGACAGCUUCUUCGAUCUCGGUGGGCAUUCUCUAAUGGCAACUAAGCUUGUUGCACGCCUCAGCCGCCGACUGAACGCCUGUGUAUCCGUCAAGGCUGUGUUUGACUACCCAGUUCCCGCCGAUCUCGCAUCUACCAUUCGAACAGGCUCCAAGAAACAUAACCCUAUCGAAGCAACUGAAUACCGCGGACCUGCUGAACAGUCCUUCGCGCAGGCCCGUCUGUGGUUCAUCGACCAGCUCGAGCUCGGCGCUUCCUACAUCAUGCCCCUAGCCUUGCGCAUGCGUGGACCUCUCUCUGUCAACGCACUUAGCCUAGCGCUACAUGCCCUCGAGCAGCGCCAUGAGACUCUUCGAACUACGUUCGAGGAACAAGACGGCGUAGGUGUCCAAGUAAUCCACAAGACCAAGAGCCAAGGAGAGACUCUCAGGGUCAUUGAUGCAUCGGGAGGGCAUGAAGACGCCUACAUCAAGCUACUCCAAAGAGAGCAGGCUACUCCAUUUGACCUGGCGACUGAGCCAGGUUGGCGCGUUGCACUUUUGCGACUGGGCGACGAUGAUCACAUUCUCUCAAUCGUCAUGCAUCAUAUCAUCUCCGAUGGCUGGUCCAUCGAGGUUCUUCAGCGCGAGUUGGUAGCCCUGUACGCCGCGGCUAUCCGAGGCCAGGAUCCCCUCACCCACUUAAGCCCGCUUGCGAUCCAAUACCGUGACUUCACCGUCUGGCAGAAGCAAGAGGCCCAGAUGGCCGAACACGACCGUCAACUAGAGUACUGGACAAAGCAACUGCAAGGUGGUCAACCAGCAAGACUACUCUGUGACAAGCCACGACCAACUGUCUUGUCAGGCAGCGCAGGUGCCGUGUCACUCAGCAUCGAGGGCGAGGUUUACGACGCCUUACAGACCUUCUGCCGCGCUCAGCAGACUACUUCCUUUGCUGUGCUUCUCGCUGCGUUCCGUGUAGCACAUUAUCGCCUCACAGGGGCCGACGAUGCAACAAUCGGCACGCCUAUCGCCAAUCGCAACCGAUCUGAACUUGAGGAUAUGAUCGGCUUCUUCGUUAACACCCAGUGUAUGCGAAUCGUCAUUGACGAAGAUGAGACGUUCGGCAGCCUUGUUCAACAGGUCCGCUCCACAGCAACCGCUGCGUUUGAAAAUCAGGAUGUGCCUUUUGAGCGCGUCGUAUCGGCUCUGCUCCCUGGCUCCAGGGAUACAUCCCGCAACCCAUUGGUCCAACUCAUGUUCUCCCUCAACUCUCAACAAGACCUUGGACGGAUCCAGCUGGAAGGAUUGACCAGCGAGGCCAUGCCCUCAGCCGCCACAACCCGAUUCGACGUUGAGUUCCAUCUCUUCCAGGAGGCUGAGCGUCUAGGUGGAACUGUGCUCUAUUCUGCCGACUUGUUCGAGCCUGAGACUAUUCGCAGUGUAGUCGAUAUCUUCCAAGAGGUCCUCCGCCAGGCACUUCUGCAACCGGAAGCCCCAUUGGGGGCCCUGCCGUUUGCCCACGCUGAAGAAGAUCUUCGUAACAGGGGCCUGCUUGACAUUGAGGUGACCAAGUACCCUCGAGAGACAAGUGUUACGGAGCUUUUCUGCAAACAGGUCAUCGCACAGCCAAACACCAUUGCCGUUACAGACGCAACUUCUCAACUGACGUACGCCGAACUGGAUCAACAAUCCGACAAGCUUGCCAACUGGCUGCGGCGGCGUCACCUCAGUCCUGAGACCCUGGUGGGUGUGCUUGCACCUCGAUCAUGCGAGACCGUUGUUGCCUUCAUUGGUAUCCUUAAGGCCAACCUGGCUUAUCUGCCUCUCGAUGUCAAUGUGCCCACCGCGCGUGUUGAGGCGAUCCUCUCCUCCGUCGCUGGGAAAAAGCUGGUCCUGGUCGGCCCGGAGGUCUCUACCGAUAUUUCGCUGCCCGACGUCAAGUUAGUGCGAAUCAGUGACGCUCUCAGCGACAAUGUGAACCCCAACGGUGUGAGCAACAAUGCGAGCAGCUUCAUCUCUCAACCCAACGCAAACAGCCUCGCGUACGUUAUCUUCACAUCCGGCUCUACUGGCAAGCCUAAGGGCGUUAUGGUUGAGCACCGAAGCAUCGUCCGCCUGGUCAAGGAAACCAACUUGAUCCCCCAGGUGCAGGCAACGGCGGCCGUCGCCCAUAUCUCCAACCUGGCCUUUGACGCGGCCACCUGGGAGAUCUAUGCCCCGCUUCUCAACGGAGGUAUGCUCGUUUGCGUUGAUCAUCUGACGGUUCUCAACUCUGGCGACCUUGGCCGAGUCCUCUCCAGCAAGAGAGUCACCGCUGCCUUCUUUACGACUGCCCUCUUGAAGCAGUUCCUGGAAGAAACGCCCUCAAUUAUCAGCGGUCUUGACCUUUUGUUUGCGGGUGGUGAGUGGAUGCGGCCGCAAGAUGCGCAGAAGGCGGUACAGCUGGUGCGCCACUCUUUCUGCCACGUCUACGGCCCAACGGAGAACACAACCUUUAGUACGAUGUACCCGAUGCAUCCAAAGGAGCAGUGCGCCAAUGGCGUCCCAAUUGGCCGAGCCAUCAGCAACUCAGGGGCUUAUAUUAUGGACCUGCGCCAGCAGCUCGUACCUAUCGGCGUUAUGGGAGAGCUCGUCGUCACUGGUGACGGCCUUGCACGCGGAUACACCGACGCAACCCUGGAUCUAAAUCGAUUUGUUGACGUUACGAUCGCCGGCCAGGUUGUUCGGGCGUACCGAACAGGAGACCGUGCCCGCUUCCGGCCCACGGACGGCCAGAUCGAAUUCUACGGCCGUAUGGACCAGCAGGUCAAGGUCCGAGGCCACCGAAUCGAACCCGCCGAGAUAGAGCAGGCGAUGCUCAGCUACGCCGGGGUCGGUGACGCGAUCAUCGUCUUCUCAAAGUCAGAGGACGGCCGGGACCCGGAGCUUAUCGGUUUCUUUACCGCUCAGUACACCAACGGCGUCGUGAACAAAGACGAUGCAUCGGGAGAGGAAAAGUUCGCCGCAAAGAUGGAAAAAGACCUCAGACAACACCUACAAAAUGUCCUCCCAUCAUACAUGGUCCCUGCUCGAACCUCACGACUGGGUCAAAUGCCUCUUAAUGCCAAUGGCAAGGUCGACCGCCGCGAGCUGGCCCGCCGGGCUCAGACAUUGACGACCGACAGCACGGCAACGUCCGACAUCGUCUCUGAGCGCGUCCCACCGCGCAACCACGUCGAGGCCGUUCUUUGCGAGGAGUACGCUAAUGUACUGGGCGUUGAGGUCGGGAUUACCGAUAGUUUCUUCGACCUCGGCGGCCACUCUCUUAUGGCAACAAAGCUUGCGGCUCGCCUCAGCCGCCGCAUUCACGCUCGCGUAUCCGUCAAGGACAUUUUCGACCACCCAGUGCUAGCUGACCUCGCCAGUACAAUCCAGCGAGGCUCAACUCAGUACAGCCCCAUUCUUCCUACGCCUUACACUGGGCCCGUCGAGCAGUCUUUUGCCCAGGGUCGCCUUUGGUUCCUCGAGCAGCUUGAACUUGCAGCAUCCUGGUACCUCGUACCGCUUGCUGUUCGUUUACGUGGUCAGCUCAACAUCAAGGCUCUCGGUGCCGCACUUCAAGCUUUAGAGCAACGCCAUGAAACCCUCCGAACGACCUUCGAGGACCACGACGGCGUUGGCAUCCAAAUCGUCCAGCCGAGCCAGGCUAAGGAACUUAGACUGAUUGAAAUCUCCGCUUCAGACGAAAAGAGCUACCUGGCAACGCUUCGCAAGGAACAGACAACCCCUUUCAAUCUUUCCUCAGAGCCAGGUUGGCGAGUCGCACUUCUGCGGUUCAGCGAUGAUGAUCACGUUCUGUCAAUCGUGAUGCACCAUAUCAUCUCUGACGGUUGGUCGGUCGAUGUCCUGCGCAAAGAGCUCGGCCAGCUCUACACCACUGCUCUCACAGGCGCAGAUCCUUUAUCCCACAUUGACCCCUUACCCGUCCAGUACCGCGACUUCGCAGUUUGGCAAAAGCAAGAAAUGCAGGUGGCCGAGCACGAACGCCAACUUGACUACUGGAAGGAACAACUUCACGGAAGCCAGCCAGCCAGCCUGCUAUGCGAUAAGUCUCGCCCCGAGGUCCUCUCUGGUGACGCAGGCGUUGUCCAGCUCCAGAUCAAGGGUCGCCUAUUCGAAAGUCUCCAAGCCUUCUGUCGCAGCCAUUUCACAACCCCCUUUGUGGUCUUACUUGCUGCAUUCCGCACAGCUCACUACCGCCUUACGGGCACAGAGGACGCUACUAUCGGCACGCCCAUAGCCAACCGCAACCGCCCUGAACUUGAAGACUUGGUCGGCUUCUUCGUCAACACCCAGUGCAUGAGGAUUGCUAUUGAAGGCGAGGAGGAGACUUUUGACGGGCUGGUGCGAAAAGUCCGGUCAACAACCACAGCAGCGUUCGAGAAUCAGGACGUCCCGUUCGAACGCAUUGUAUCUGCUCUCCUGCCCGGCUCAAGAGACACCUCACGUAACCCGCUCGUCCAACUCCUCUUCGCAGUUCACUCCCAGCAGGAUAUUGGCAAACUGCAGCUUGAAGGCCUUGUGGGCGAAUCCCUUCCUAUGGCGCCCACUACCCGCUUCGACCUCGAAUUCCACUUGUUUGACGAGGAAGGUGGCCUUGGUGGCACUGUACUCUUUGCCGCUGACCUUUUCAAACCAGAGACCGUCCAAUGUAUAGUUGACGUCUUCCACGAGGUCCUACGUCGUGGUCUUGAGCAGCCUGAGAUAUCCCUUACAAGCCUACCUCUUACCGACGGGCUAGCAUCACUUAAUGAGUUGGGCCUGCUCGAGCUCAACAAGACAGACUACCCGCGGGAAUCCAGCGUAGUAGAUUUGUUCUCUGAGCAGGUGGCCGCCCAUCCGACGGCAAUUGCUGUUACGGACACGUCUUCAAUGCUCACGUACGCCGAGCUUGACGAACAAUCCAACAGACUUGAAGCUUGGUUACGUCAACGCCAGCUUUCUGCUGAGACGUUGAUUGGCGUCCUUGCGCCGCGGUCUUGCGAAACCAUCGUUGCCUUUAUCGGAAUCCUCAAGGCUAACCUGGCGUACCUACCACUUGACGUCAAUGUACCAGCUGCCCGCAACGAAACGAUUCUUUCAACGGUUCCUGGUCGCAAGUUGGUUCUCAUCGGCAGCGGCGUGCCUGCACCCGACUCACCGCUGCAAGAUGUUGAGCUGGUCCCGCUUACCGACGCGCUAGCCGCUGUCGUGAACCACAGGGACGCAGACAAUGUUGCUCGACCUCAUGCAAAGAGCCUGGCCUAUGUCAUGUUUACGUCCGGUUCAACCGGCCGUCCCAAGGGUGUUAUGAUCGAGCACCAUGGAAUCAACAGGUUGGUGAGGCAAAGCAGUCUCAUGUACAAGCUGCCCAAGGCGCCACGUGUAGCGCACCUUUCCAACACUGCUUUCGAUAAUUCCACUUGGGAAAUCUACAUUGCUCUCCUAAACGGCGGAACAGUGGUCUGCAUCGAUUAUUACACGACUAUUGACAGCAAGGCGCUCGAGAUCGUCUUCACCCAGGAAAGAGUCCAGGCGGCGAUGCUUCUUCCUUCGCUACUCAAGCAGUGCCUUGCCCAUGCGCCUGCUGCGAUUGCUGCCCUAGACAUCAUCCUGGCUGCUGGUGACCGUUUUGACGGGCGAGACGCCAUUGAAGCCCAAGACCUUGUACAGGUCAACGUCUAUAACGCGUAUGGUCCCACGGAGAACACAGUCACGAGCACUGUAUAUGCAGUCAAGGGAGACGAAGACUUCGUGAAUGGCGUUCCUAUCGGACGAGCCAUUAACAACACCGGCGCCUACAUUGUAGAUGCCCACCAGCAGCUUGUCUCCAUGGGCGUGAUGGGCGAACUUGUUGUGACAGGCGACGGUCUUGCUCGCGGUUAUACGGACCCGGCAUUAGAUACCGAUCGUUUCGUCCAGAUAUCCGUCAACAACCAGCUCACACGGGCUUACCGAACUGGUGAUCGGGCCCGCUUCCGCCCUGGAGACGGCCAGAUUGAGUUUUUCGGCCGUAUCGACCAGCAGAUCAAGGUGCGCGGUCAUCGCAUCGAGCCAGCGGAAAUUGAGCAAGCCAUGCUAGGCCAAUCCGCCGUUCUCGAUGCGGCCGUUGUUCUCCGUAAGCUUGAAGGCGAGGAAGCCGAUGUUGUCGGUUUCAUUGUCGCUCAGGGCGUCACUGCCGACACCGUCGCCGCCGCCGUGACGGAGAAGAAGAUCCUUCAACGACUCCAGACCCUGCUCCCGCCCUACAUGGUACCGGUCCAGAUCAUCGUGUUGGAUCAGAUGCCUCUUAAUGCCAACGGCAAGAACGAUCGCCGCGAGCUUGCGCGCAGGGCUCAGGCAGCGCCUAAGGGCAAGGAGACAUCUACACGCACAGCGCCAACCAACGACACUGAGGCUGCCCUGUGUGACGAGUUCGCGAGUGUGCUUGGCGUCGAUGUCGGCAUUACCGACAGCUUCUUCGACCUUGGCGGGCACUCGCUGAUGGCGACCAAGCUUGCGGCACGCCUAAGCCGACGGUUCCACACUCGGGUCUCAGUGAAGGAUAUCUUUGACCACCCUGUUAUCGUUGACCUUGCUGUCUCGAUGCAGCAAGAUUCAACGCAACACAAGGCUAUUGAGGCAGGCGAAUACUUUGGGCCCGUUGAGCAGUCUUUCGCCCAAGGUCGCCUUUGGUUCCUCGAGCAGCUUGACCUUGGCGCAACGGGAUACCUUGUACCUCUUGCGGUGCGACUGCAUGGCCCGCUUCGGACUGAUGCCCUCACAGCCGCAUUGUACGCUCUUGAACAACGCCACGAGACUCUUCGUACAACUUUUGAGGGCCAUGAAGGUGUCGGUGUGCAAGUUGUCCAGCCAGCUCACAGGAGACAACUCAAGGUGGUCAAUGUGCCGGCUGGGGAGGACUUCAUGGAACAACUGCAGCAGGAUCAGAAGACACCAUUCGAUUUGGCUUCCGAGCCAGGUUGGAGAGUCACCCUGCUUCGGCUAGGAGACCAGGACCAUGUCAUGUCUAUUGUGAUGCAUCACAUUAUAUCUGACGGCUGGUCUCUUGAUGUUCUUCAGCGCGAGCUGGCUGCUUUCUACGCCGCCGCACUUGAUGGAAAAGACCCCUUGUCGCAGGUUUCGCCUCUCCCUAUUCAAUACCGUGAUUUCGCGGUGUGGCAGAAACAACCGGCGCAGGUGGCCGAGCAAGACAGACAACUGGCCUACUGGAAGGACCAGCUCGAUAGCAGCCAGCCAGCCAGCCUUCUUUGCGACAAGCCACGGCCUACUAAACUGUCUGGCGACGCUGGUGUUAUCCAAUUCAAGAUCGACGGAACUGUGUACGACAACCUUCAAGAGUUCUGCCGGACGAACCAGACAACGCUUUUCACCGCCCUCUUUGCAGCCUUCCGGGCUACGCACUAUCGCCUGACUGGUGUAGAGGACGCCGCCAUUGGCACACCCAUUGCCAACCGCAACCAGCCAGAGCUUGAAGAAAUGAUUGGCUUCUUCGUCAACUCGCAGUGUAUACGGACAGCCGUAACUGACAAGGGAACCUUCAACGAGUUGGUUGGUCAGGUUCGAUCAACUGUGGCAGCCGCCUCUGAGCACCAGGAUGUGCCGUUUGAACGAAUUGUUUCUACGCUUCUGCCUGGAUCGAGAGAUACGUCUCGCAACCCCCUGGUUCAGCUUAUGUUCACUCUUCACGCGCAACAGGACCUUGGAAAGGUUCACUUGGAGGGACUCGAAGGUGAACCUCUGUCGAUGAAGCCAACCACUCGAUUCGAUGUAGAGUUUUAUCUCGCGCAGCAGGAUGGCUGUCUGGGUGGCAACGUCCUCUACUCUACAGACCUUUUCGAGGAGGAGACGGUUAGUGGCAUAGUCAACGUCUUCCAGGAAGUUCUAUCUCAGGGCCUCAGACAGCCUGAGGUGCCAAUCGCCGGACUUCUCCUUACCCAUGGACUCGCCGAGCUGCGUCAAAUGAGCCUUCUCGAUAUGGAGACCACAGACUAUCCGCGCGACGCAAGCGUCGUGGAUGCUUUUAAGGACCAGGCUUCGGCCCACCCGGAAGCGGUAGCCGUCUCUGAUGUCACAUCCUCUCUGACCUACCAUCAGCUGGAUCAGCAGUCCGACCAAAUCGCCGCCUAUCUCCAGCUUCGACAGAUAGCACCCGAAACGCUCAUUGGUGUGCUUGCGCAGCGCUCGUGCCAGACUGUCGUCACAUUCCUGGGUAUCCUCAAAGCCAAUCUCGCCUAUCUGCCGCUGGAUGUGAACGUUCCUACUGCUCGCGUCGAAGCUAUUCUAUCCGCCGUCCCAGGACACAAGUUGGUCUUGCUCGGCAAUGGUGUGCCCAAUCUCACGGCCGAGUCCCCAGAGAUUGAACAAGUACGAAUCAGUCACGCUCUUAGCCAGGGACAAACCGUCAGCCCUGUCGACUCCCGUCUGCGCGCCGCUGCCACCGCCACCAGUCUCGCUUAUGUUAUCUUCACAUCCGGCUCAACUGGCCGGCCCAAGGGCGUGAUGGUCGAACACCGCAGCAUUAUGCGCCUCGUCAAGUCGACCAACUUGAUGACACAGUCACAAGCAGCUAAGCCGAUUGCCCACAUCUCCAACCUGGCUUUCGACGCCGCCACGUGGGAGAUUUACGCACCUCUCCUCAAUGGAGGCACAGUGGUGUGCAUCGACCACAUGACAGUGCUGAACCCAACUGCCCUUGGCCAGGCACUUGUAGCCAACAGGGUUACAGCCGCCUUCGUAACAACAGCGCUUCUCAAGCAAUUCCUCGAGGAGAUGCCAUCUGUUAUCAGUGGCCUGGAUCUGCUCUUCGCUGGAGGUGAAACCAUGCGACCAAAGGAUGCCUUCAAAGCACGCGAACUUGUCCAGCAAGCAUUCUGCCACGUAUACGGCCCAACAGAAAAUACGACCUUUAGUACUGUGUACUCCAUGGGCGCAGAUGAGCGUUGCAUCAACGGCGUUCCUAUCGGAAGGUCUAUCAGCAACUCUGGAGCCUACAUCAUGGAUGCGCGUCAACAGCUUACCCCCAUUGGUACCAUGGGUGAGCUGGUCGUGACAGGAGAUGGCCUUGCCCGUGGCUACACUGACUCGGCAUUGGAUAAGGACCGUUUCGUGCAGGUCAAGAUUUCCGGGCGGUCUGUCAAAGCAUACCGCACGGGUGAUCGCGCAAGAUACCGACCUGGAGAUGGCCAGAUUGAAUUCUUCGGACGUAUGGAUCAGCAAGUGAAGAUCCGGGGUCACCGUAUCGAGCCGGCCGAGAUCGAACAAGCCAUGCUCAGCAUUAGCACCGUCCUUGACGCCGCUGUUGUCUUCCGCAAGCAAGAAGGUCAGGAUUCGGAUAUCGUGGGCUUCGUCGCAGCCCGAUAUGCCAAUGGUGUCUCUACUUCGCACGCCGAAAGCCUCGAGAAAGAACAACAAUUCGCUUGGGACACCGAGAGGGAGAUACGCCAGCGCCUUCAGACCUUGCUUCCACCCUACAUGGUACCAGCCCAGAUCAUCGUCCUGGACCAGCUCCCAUUGAACGCCAACAGCAAGGUCGACCGUCGCGAACUCGCUCAGAGGGCCCUCACUGCACCAAGGACGAGUGCCACCGCGAUACGUGUAGCGCCACGCAACGAAGUGGAAGAGGCACUAUGCGAGGAGUUUACCGAUCUACUUGGGGUUGAGGUCGGCAUUACAGACAACUUCUUUGACCUGGGCGGGCACUCUCUCAUGGCAACGAAGCUUGCGGCGCGUAUUAGCCGCCGGCUAGAUGCCCGCGUAUCCGUCAAGGAUGUCUUUGACCAACCUAUUCUUGCUGAUCUCGCAGCUGUGAUUCAGCAAGGGUCGAUGCUCCACAACGCAAUUAUCCCAACGCCGUAUAACGGGCCUGUUGAGCAGUCGUUUGCGCAAGGUCGCCUUUGGUUCCUGGACAAGUUCAACAUUGGUGGGGCUUGGUAUAUCAUGCCCCUUGCUGUACGCAUGCGUGGCAAGAUUCACGUUGAAGCUCUGCAGACCGCUUUGCAUGCUGUUGAGCAACGACACGAGACGCUUCGUACAACAUUCGAGGAGCAUGAUGGCGUCGGCGUACAAAUUGUUAACCCCAGUCACGCCAAGCCACUCAGAGUCAUCAAUGUGUCGAACGAGAACCCCAACGGGCCCUUACAUCUCCUACAGCAGGAACAGCAAGUUCCGUUCAACUUAGCCUCUGAACCAGGAUGGAGGGUAGCGCUCUUCCGUCUUGGCGAGGAGGAUCACAUCCUCUCUGUUGUCAUGCACCACAUCAUUUCUGAUGGCUGGUCAGUCGAUAUCCUGCGCAGGGAGCUAGGAAUCUUCUACGCUGCUGCGCUGAGAGGUCAAGAUCCCUUGGCCCAGGUGGCACCUCUUCCCAUCCAGUACCGUGACUUUUCGGUAUGGCAAAAGACAAAGGACCAAGUCGCCGAACAUCAGAGACAAUUGGAGUACUGGACCCAGCAGCUCGCCGAUAGCUCUCCUGCAGAGCUUCUUUGCGACAAACCACGCCCAACCGUGCUAUCUGGCGAGGCAGGCGUUAUUCAAGUCAAAAUCGACGGUCCCCUUUACGAGAAUCUUCAAAGCUUCUGCCGGACACGACAAGUUACCCCCUUUGCAGUCCUCCUGGCUGCUUUCCGCGCAGCUCACUAUCGCUUGACGGGCGUAGAAGACGCAACAAUUGGGACGCCUAUGGCCAACCGCAACCGUCCCGAAUUAGAAGAGUUGAUCGGCUUCUUCGUUAAUACACAGUGUAUGCGAGUCGUCAUUGACGAUGAAUCCUUUGACGGCCUAGUUCAGCAGGUCCGCGACACAGCAACUGCUGCCUUUGAAAACCAGGACGUUCCCUUCGAACGCGUGGUCUCGGCACUUCUUCCUGGGUCCAGGGAUACCUCCCGCAACCCGUUGGUGCAGCUCAUGUUUGCCGUCCAUUCGCAGCAAGACCUUGGACGUAUCAAACUCGAAGGUCUUGCCGGCGAGCCAUUGCCCACGGCCAUCACCACCCGCUUCGACCUUGAAUUCCACCUCUUCCAGGAGGAAGGCUACCUGGGCGGAAACGUGCUCUAUGCCGCCGAUCUAUUUGAGCCCGCAACUGUGCGUGGCCUGGUUGACAUCUUCCAGGAAGUCCUACAGCGCGGUCUCGCACAGCCAGAGACGCCCAUCGCAAGCCUGCCGCUGACCAACGGGCUAGCGGCGCUGCGUAGCAUGGGCCUGCUGGAGGUUGAAAAGACGGACUAUCCCAGACAGUCCAGCGUGGUGGACGUCUUCCUUGACGAGGUGGCCACACAUCCUGAGAGGAUCGCCGUCAAGGACGCCUCGUCACAGCUGACUUAUGCUCAGCUCAGCGAAAAGUCAGACCAACUCGCUGCCUGGCUCCGGCUACAGCAGAUGGAGACGGAGACGCUUGUAGCCGUGCUUGCCCCACGAUCGUGCCAGACAACCGUUGCUUUCCUCGCCAUCCUAAAAGCAGGCCUUGCCUAUCUUCCCCUCGACGUCAACGUCCCCGCCGCGCGUCUCGAGUCAAUCCUUUCGGCUGUGCCUGGACUUAAGCUUGUUCUCCUUGGUUCCGACGUGUCCACGCCGAACGUUCGCUUGCCCAACCUCGAGUUCGUUCCUUUGGCCGACGCCAUUGCUUCAUCGCGUCAACCCUCAAGCAAAGCACCUGCAAGAAUCUCUCUCCCAUCGCCAACAAACCUUGCGUACGUCAUCUUCACGUCAGGAUCUACCGGCAAGCCCAAGGGCGUGAUGGUCGAGCACCGCGGUAUUGUCCGACUCGUGAAGCAGAGCAACAUUGUACGUGAACUUCCAGAGGCAACGACCAUUGCGCAUGUAUCAAACAUUGCCUUUGACGCCUCGGCCUGGGAGAUGUAUACCGCCCUCCUCAAUGGCGCCACUCUUGUCUGUAUCGACUACUUCACCACCCUGGACAGUCGGGCUCUUGAGGCUGUCUUUGCUCGCGAAAACAUCCGUGUGGCCAUGCUCUCGCCCGCGCUCCUCAAGCAGUGCAUUGCAAACAUCCCAGCUACUCUGGAAGCGCUGGAAAUCCUCUAUGUCGGUGGAGAUCGACUGAACCCCUCGGAUGCCACAGAUGCCCAAGCCCUCGUGAGAACUGGCGUCUACAACGCGUACGGCCCCACUGAGAAUACUGUCGCUAGUACCAUCUACAAGAUCAAAAAUGGCGAUGUCUUUGAGCACGGCGUGCCAAUCGGUCAGGCCGUGAGCAACUCUGGAGCCUACAUCAUGGACUCGCGCCAGCAACUAGUGUCUAUCGGCGUCAUGGGCGAGCUUGUCGUAACGGGAGACGGCCUUGCUCGUGGAUAUACGGACCCAGCGCUGGAUAAGAACCGCUUUAUGCAUGUCACUAUUGAAGGUCGCCUUGUACGGGUGUACCGGACCGGUGACCGCGCCCGAUACAGGCCAUCGGAUGGCCAGAUUGAGUUCUUCGGUCGCAUCGACCAGCAGACCAAAAUCCGUGGCCACCGGAUCGAGCCGGCCGAGGUCGAGCUUGCCAUGCUGAGGCAUCCCGUCGUCCGGGACGCAGCCAUCGUAAUUCGCAGUUCAUCAGGCCAUGAUCAGGAGAUGGUUGGUUUCGUCACCGUUCAGGAAGACCAGUCCAUCCAAGACGAGGCAAGUAAGCAGGUGGAAGGCUGGGGAACCCAUUUCGAAAUCGGCACUUACGCCGAUCUCGAAACCAUCGACCAGUCUGUCAUUGGCAACGACUUCUUGGGUUGGACGUCCAUGUACGACGGUACCCUCAUCGACACGGCAGAGAUGCAGGAAUGGCUUGACGAGGGCAUGGUGGCCCUACUUGACGGCCAACCAGCUGGUCGUGUACUCGAAAUCGGUACGGGUACUGGCAUGAUUCUCUUCAAUCUGGGUCAAGGGCUGGAGAACUACAUCGGUCUCGAGCCCUCCAGCUCAGCUGCCGCCUUUGUUAACGACAGCAUCAACGCCCACCCAUCAUUUGCUGGCAAGGCACAUGUACAUGUCGGCACGGCGACAGAUGUUGGUCGAUUGGACCAGGUGACCCAAUCCCGCACCGACAUGGUCGUCACCAACUCUGUCGCACAAUAUUUCCCCUCGGCCGAUUAUCUCCUGGAGGUGAUCCAGAACCUUACAAGACUGCCGGGAGUCAAGCGCCUAUUUUUCGGCGAUAUGCGUACCUACGCCACGAACAGGGGCUUCCUUGCAGGCAGAGCUCUGCAUUCAUUGGGAGAAAACAUAAGCCGAGACGGCGUUCGUCAAAAGAUCACCGAGUUGGAAGAAAAUGAGGAAGAGCUGUUGGUCGAUCCGGCCUUUUUCACGAGUCUACUGAGCCGGAUGCCCGAACGCAUCUGGCACGUGGAAAUCCUACCCAAGCGGAUGAAGGCCACCAACGAGCUGAGCAGAUACCGAUACGCAGCUGUCAUACACGUUCGAGGCGCGGAAGAGCCUACACAGACCGUGCAUGCGGUCAACCCUGACUCUUGGGUCGAUUUCCAGGCCUCGUCAAUGGACCGUCACGGCCUCCUCGCUCUGCUGCAGGGCUCCUCGGACGCAUCCGCCAUUUCUAUCGGCAACAUACCUUACAGCAAGACCAUGUUCGAAAGACUGCUGGUUGAAUCACUGGAACAAGACGACGACGACGCUCAAGAUGGCGUUGAUGGUGCAACCUGGGUUUCGGAUAUCCGCAACGCCGCUGAGCACCGCGUGGCUUUAUCUGCACUGGAUCUGGGUCAGCUCGGCGAGGAAGCAGGAUUCCGCGUAGAGCUCAGCUGGGCACGGCAGAGAUCCCAAAAUGGCGGCAUUGACGCCGUUUUCCACCGGUACCAACCCGACAAUGAGGGAUCUCGGGUCCUGUUCCAGUUCCCCACCGAGGAUCAGGGCCGGCCGGCAAGCCUCCUCACGAACCGCCCACUCCAGCGCCUUCAGAGUCGCAAGGUGGAAGCGCAGAUCCGGGAGCAGCUCCAGACUUUGCUCCCGCCAUACAUGAUCCCGGCUCAAAUCAUAGCCCUCGAUCAGAUGCCCGUCAACGCCAACGGCAAGAUUGAUCGGCGGGAGCUCACACGCAAAGCGCAGGCCGCUCCGGUCAGCAAGCCAUCCUCAGAACGCGUGGCACCACGCAACGAGGUCGAAGAGGCCCUGUGCGAAGAGUUUGCCGACGUCCUCGGCAUCGAGACCGGCAUUACUGACAACUUUUUCGAUCUCGGCGGACAAUCGCUCAUGGCGGCGAAGCUCGCGGCACGCAUCAGCAGGCGACUAGACAUUCACGUGUCCGUCAAGGACAUCUUCGACAAGCCGGCCCCCGCGGACCUUGCCGACAAAAUCCUGCAGACCAUGUUAGAUGGCGCGAACAACGGAACGUCAAAGCUGGUCGACAGCGAACCCUUCCAGCUCCUUUCGCAGGAAGACCCGGAGGGCUUCGUCCAGCGAGAGCUCGCCUCCCAGCUGGAUCCUUCCCACGGAAAGAUCCAGGACUCGUAUCCUGCUUCGUGGACGCAAAAGAUCUUUAUCCAGGACGCCAUCACGGGACAGCCACGCGCUCCAACCCUAUUCUUCAUCGACUUCCCGGUCGGCUCGGACCCCAAGAAGGUCACGGAAUCCUCUGCCGCUCUGGUCCGGCAUUUCGACAUCUUCCGAACCGUGUUCUUGUCGGCUGCCGGCAAGUUCUACCAGGUGGUCCUGGAUCAUCUGGACGUGCCCACCGAAGUCAUUCAGGUCGAGGGAGACUUGACAAGUGCGACCCGCGCCCUCGUAGACAUAGAUGCGCAUGAGCCGCUCCGCUUCGGACACUCGUUCCUACGCAUCGCCAUUCUCAAGAAGCCAGCAUCUCCUGUGCGCAUGGUGCUACGGAUGAAUCACGCUAUCUACGACGGUCUGAGCUUCGAGCACGUCUUGCGCGCUCUCCAUACCCUCUACAUCGGCGAGCGUCUGCCGACGCAGCCCAGGUUCUCCCGCUUCGUCCAGCACAUGAUGAACACCCGCAAGGACGGUUACAAGUUCUGGCGUUCGGUCCUGCAGAACUCCUCGAUGACGUUCAUGACGGGCGCCGACGGCACUGGCCGGCAUCACCAAGAUGACGGGCAUGAACGUCCCAACGGCACCUGGUUGUCGGAGAAGAUUAUCGAGGCGCCGUUCCAGGCCAACGCCGACGGCAUCACGCCGGCUACGGUCUUCACAACGGCAUGCGCUCUCAUGCUCGGCAAGGAAAUCGGAACCAACGACGUCGUCUUUGGCCGCGUCGUAUCUGGCCGUCAGUGCUUGCCGAUCAGCAGCCAACACGUUGUCGGCCCGUGCUCCAACGCCGUGCCGGUCCGGGUGUCCCUGGACUCAGCGAACCAGCCGAGGGAGAUGCUCCGCAAGGUGCAAGAGCAAUACGUCAACAGCUUACCCUUUGAGACACUGGGCCUGGAUGACAUUAGGGAGAACUGCACGGAGUGGCCGGAGACGGUGGACAACUUCAGCUGCUAUGCGGCAUACCAGAACUUUGAUAUGCACCCCCACAGCGGCGGCGACGACCAGCGCAUCCAGCUGGGAUACCUCGAGCGAGAGGCCGAUCCGCGAGAGCCAAGCAAGCAGGAUCCCACUAUGGACAGACAGACGGUCAACGACGUCUCCAUGCACGAUGUGGACAUUGUGGGUAUCCCGGACGCCGAUGGAAUCCACUUGCGGGUUGUCGUCGGCGCAAACCGGCGGCUCUGCGACGAGGCAACGGUCGACAACAUGCUGCUCGAUCUCUGCGAGAAGAUCCAGGCUUUGGGCUCAGUCUUACGGGAUCCACUGCCUGAGACUUCCAACGGAAGCGCAAAGCAGACAUCAAACGGCGACAAGCACACAUCAAACGGAAACGGGACGCACGCGUCCAAUGGAAACGGGAAGCACGCAUCAUUUGGGGAUGAGAAACACACGUCCAACGGAAACGGAGAGCACACAUCAAAUGGAAAGGCGAAGCACACAUCCAAUGGAAACAAAACACAACAUUGA